CCGCACCCAUUCAUAUCCACCUCACAUUCUCUUCCUCGCUAAGCAAUUCUCUCCUCUCUCUCUAGCUUCCUUCCCUCUCUCUUCCCCCAUAUGUUCCACAUCCAAUAUAUAUAAUGCAGCCACCACCACUAAGACAAUAUAUAAAUAAAGAAAGAACAAGCAGCUAGAGCCUCGCUCCUCCUUUUUAUUCCUCUCACUUUCAUUCCCCCUGUCCCUCUCUCCACUUCUCCCCCUUUCUUCCUCCUCCCUCGCUCCCCCAGCUCUCAGUUUCCUGUGAGAGGAGAGCUCCAUUCUUGUGUGCAGAGAGAUUGGUAUUACUAGUGGGUGUUAUUCUCCACCUUUAGCCACCUCCCUAUCCAUCCUUGCAUGAUCCCCUCCCCUAAAGCACCUAUAUACUCGCUUGCCACUCUCCCUCUCUCACAAAGAAGCAAGGAGGAACAAACAAACCGAAAAAAAGCUCGACACCAAGUAGGAAAAAGAUCAAAAGAAACCAAAUUCUAUACCAUACCACACCACCAUGGUCUUUUCUUCGGUUCCCCUCUAUCUUGAUCCACCCAAUUGGAACAACCAGCAGCAGCAGCAGCAGCACCACCAUCAACUGAGCCACCAUGUCCAGCUGUUUCCGAGCGCCGGCGGUGCCGGAGUGGAGGUGCAACACCAGCAGCAGCAGCACCACCAGCAGCAGCAACAGCAGCAACAACAUGCACACCAACAGCACCAGCUGCCGCCGCCCGGCACGUUGAUGGCUCCGCGGCCUGACAGCAUGGGAGGAGGCGCGGUUGCCGUGAACGGCGGAGGUGGUGGAGGCGGCAGCGGUCCGACCAGCGGAGGCACGGCGCCGCGGCCGGGAUCGAUGACGGACCGGGCACGGAUGGCGAAGAUCCCGCAGCCGGAGCCGGGGCUCAAGUGCCCUCGCUGCGAGUCCACCAAUACCAAGUUCUGCUACUUCAACAACUACUCCCUCACGCAGCCCCGCCACUUCUGCAAGACCUGCCGCCGCUACUGGACCCGCGGCGGCGCGCUCCGCAGCGUCCCCGUAGGCGGCGGAUGCCGCCGCAACAAGCGCAAGUCCUCAAAGUCCUCGUCUUCCGCCGCGUCGGCCUCCGGCGCCACCACCGGCGGGACCUCGUCGUCCACCUCUUCCACCACAACAGGCGGCGGAAACAGCGGCGCCGCGGCAAUAAUGCCGCCUCAGGCUGGGCACGCCCAGGCACAGAUGCCAUUCUUUGCCUCGCUGCACCCGAUGGGCAGCGGCGGCGGCGAUCACUACGGCACUGGAGCGUCGAGGCUAGGGUUUCCCGGGCUGAGCUCACUGGAUCCAGUGGACUACCAGCUCGGCGGCGGGGGUGCCGCGGCCGCAGCUUUGGGGAUGGAGCAGUGGCGGAUGCCGCAGAUGCAGCAGUUCCCAUUCUUUGGCCGCGCCGACGGCAUGCAGCAGCAGCAGCAAAUGGCUGGCAUUUACCCGUUCGACGCUGCCGCCGCCGCCGACGGCUUUGCCGUCACCGGACAGAUGCUUGGCGGGGGCGGUUCCAAGCAGGUGCCGGGGUCGUCCGGGCUGAUCACGCAGCUCGCCUCGGUGAAGAUGGAGGAUAACCAGCCGUCGAACCACGCCAUGGCCAGCGCUGCCUCGGCCAGGGAGUUCCUGGGUCUCCCGGGCAACCUCCAGUUCUGGGGAGGUGGCAACAAUGGCGCAGGAGGCAACGACAGUGAAGGAAGUCAGAACGGUGGCGCCAUUGCUCCAGGCGGCGCCGGUGGUGGAAGCUGGGCCGAUCUUCCCGGUUUCAACUCAUCCUCGUCAGGGAACAUAAUGUGAUCGACGCCAUGGCCACGACUUGCACGCAUGGUGGACUCGAUCUCCCUGCAAAAGGUAGCCCUAUAUACAAGCCCUGAAUUGAAGCUUAAUUUUAGUCAUGGCUUCCGAUCGAUCGAGGAAGAGCUAAGGAACGACGGAGCUGUGGUGGUUCAAGAUCAUUGCUGAUCGAUCAAAAUUAGUUUUAUUUUGCUCUCGAGUCUUAUGUCUCUCCAUGCAUGUUGUUCUUGUACCGAGUCUUAAUUAGGGUUCUUCCAUGGUAUUAUCGUCCAAGUGCUGGAUUUUCUAUAUUCUUCGAUCUCUCCUCCGGUAUCAUUGUAAUGCACACUAAUCACUAGGUUAUAAUUUAGUAGCUUGGUGCAAUUAAUGUGUCCAUGGUUGAAGAUUAUACACUUAUAUAUAUAUCUAUAUGAGCUAGAAUAUUGGUAGACGCGCAAA